AUGGUGCUGCUGGCCGGGCCCGGGCCGGAGGGCGGCGGGGCGCGCCGCGUGUCCCCAGAGCCACCGUCCCCACCCCGGGACGCGCAGGCCGGGGAGGACCCAGCUGACUACGAGGAGUACGAGGACUUCUCAAGUCUGCCCGACACCCGCAGCAUCGCCUCGGACGACUCCUUCUACCCUUACGGAGACGAGGAGGAGUACAGCUCGGUGAGCGCGGAGAGCGCUCCGGAUGCCGUUCCGGAGGGCGUCCCGGAGGCGGCCACCCUCCUGCGCGCCGCCUGCGCCAACGACGUGGGGCUGCUGAGGGCGCUGGUGCGGCGGGGGCCCAGCGCCGAGGAGGUGCAGGAGACCGAUCGCAACGGCCGGACCGGCCUUAUUGUCGCCUGCUACCACGGCUUUGUGGAUACCGUGGUGGUCUUAGCAGAGUGUCCCCACGUUGACGUCAACUGGCAGGACAGCGAAGGGAACACGGCCCUCAUCACGGCAGCCCAGGCAGGGCACAUCACCAUCACCAACUACUUGUUGAACUAUUUUCCCGGUCUCGACCUUGAAAGGAGGAACGCGUUCGGGUUCACGGCCCUCAUGAAAGCUGCCAUGCAGGGCCGGACGGAGUGCAUCCGAGCCCUGAUGCUAGCAGGGGCGGAUGUCCACGCCAGGGACUCCCGCCGGGGAAUGUCCUCCCAGGAGUGGGCUGCCUACACUGGACGGUUUGAAGCGGUUCGGGUCAUCCAGAGGCUACUGGAGCGACCCUGCCCCGAGCAGUUUGGGGAAAAGUACAAGCCAGAGCUGCCACUGGGCCCGGAAGCGGGCCAGAAGCCCGCGGGCUCCAAGAGCUGCCUGCAGAAGCUCACGGAUUUUGUCCGGUCCACGCUGACCUCCCGCUCGCGCCAAGGCCUGGAGGACGGGGGAGCCCUGGACCACAUGGUCAAGAUGACCACGAGCCUCUACAGCCCCGCCGUGGCCAUCGUCUGCCAGACCGUGUGCCCCGAGAGCCCCCCCUGUGUGGGCAAAAGGCGGCUGGCGGUGCAGGAAAUCCUGGGGUCGCGCGGGGACCCGGACACGCAAGCCCAGGAGAGGGGCAAGGGGGAGAGCCCCGAGCCGCAAUCCCAGACCUCCCAGGCCGUGGGGGUCUCCAAAGAGGAGGCCCCCCGAGCCGGCCUCGCGUCUUCGCAGCCGCCGGCUGCCCCCCGGAGGGCCAGCCUCCUGCCCCUGCAGCUGUUGCGGCGGAGCAGCGUGAGACCCGGCGUGGCCAUCCCCAAGGUGCGCGUGAGCAAGGCGCCCGCGCCCACCUUCCAGCCCGAGCGGGCGGCCCGGGGCAGCGCCAAGGACAGCAGCCACCUGCAGCUGCCCAAGUGGCGGUACAAGGAGGCCAAGGAGGAGAAGCGGAAGGCGGAGGAGGCGGAGAAGCAGCGGCUGGCCGCGGCGCAGAAGGAAAAGCGGACGUCAUCCUGGAGGAAAAGGACGUGAGGCGGGGUGUGUCCGGCGCGCGGGGGUGAGGCCGCACGCAGAGCCCGCCGGCCGGGGAUGCGAAGCUGCCCUGAGCCCCGGGGGAGGUGGCGGGGACGCUGGGUGCGGUCCUCCCUGCAAGUGUGCGCCCGCGCCCCCCGCCCUUGCCCUUUACGCACAGCACAGCCCGGGCGCACAGGCUCCCCGGGGCCCAGAAAACGUUUCUGUUUGUUCAGGCUGCACCCAAGAGUGAACUGGGCCGAGCCCUAAUUGAAUCGCCUAAAACCAGUUCCCCCAGCAGUCAGUCCUCCUAGUGGGCAUUCUACCUAAAACUCGACCACUGAGCCACCAGGAAAGCCCCCGUUAGAACCUCAGUGAAGAAAUAUUUAAGACCAGUUUAUCCAAAGGACAUUUUCUGUAUAGUUUUGUAUUUUUCAGUUAUGAUCCAGCUUACAGCACUUGACCAGUGAUAGGGCUCUUUGUAAAUAUUUAUGACGGUCUUAAUGCAUUUGUCUGAAGACCCUUUGUUUAAAAUACGGUUUCUAGCAAUAAUUAUUUGUGAUAUGUCUAUGAUUUCAUAUAGAAUUUGUGGCAUUCUCCUCCUGUGGGCCCCCUUUUGCUUUUUUUUUUUAUUGGGGGCUUUGCCUUUCCAUCUCCUUGGGGGUGCUCAUAAGCACCACACGUCCUUAAUUGGAUUAAGUGAUGUUGAAGAUUUCUAUUGGAUAAAGGCAUUUGCUGCUUUACCACAAAAUGAUCAAGUAAGACAGAGGAGUCAAAUUUCCUUUAAUUUCUGAAGCUCUCUUGUCCAUCCAGUGGUAAAAAUGAAGAAAACCAAUUGUCAAAGUAUGAGACUGUAUAGAGGAGUGUGUAUUUAUUGCUAGAACUAAGCUCAUUUUAAGCAAGCGGUUUUAGAUAAUCUGCAUAUAAAGUCUUGAACAUACUCAAAAAUAGAAAAAAAAGUGUUCAAGAAAAUGGGGGCAACUCUAAUAAAUUAUUACUAGAAAUACAAAAUUAAGUUAUGUGCUCUUAGACAAUUGAAUUCAAAUAUCCUUAAGAUGUAAAAAGAGAUGCUAAAAGCAUAGAGUUCUGCAAACUACUGACAUGGGUGGGCCAUACAUUUUUUGAGAAAUAGGGAUUAGAGCUGAAUAUCAAGCAAACAUAUUUUUGGCAAAUUCUUCUGGAGUGAGCUGGGUUGCUUCCUCCUCCCGACUCAAUUCCAAGAGAUCCCUGGUGUGGAAUUUUAUUUUUCCUUUGAUGAUGGCCCCUCAUGUUCAGUUCAUCCUCAUGCAGACUUUGUAGACUUUCCAAGAUUCGGGAACUUUGGCAGCGCACAGGUGUGGUUUGCCUGAGCUCUCUGUGGGAAUUUUCUGCCCAUAGUUUUAUCUCCAAAAAGCUGAGAAAUACUAAUGAAUGUCUGGCUAUCUGGGUUGCAGAGUAUCUCUCACAUAUGCACUACCAACAGCACUUUAUUUAAAUAUUAUCCUGCGUAUAAGCCAUCGAUUUAAACCAUUACAGACCAAUGGAAAGCUGUUUAUUCUAUCUCUGGAUUCACAGGGGAAAUCGUGCUCCCUGGCCACGUGGCGACAAGCACCCACCCAUCUCAUGAUGUGGGCGGCAUGGCACUGGCCUCUCCCUCCUCUUUCCCCCCCGCCCCCCACCAUCAGACAUCGAGCAUCUUACACUCAUCUCUCCAAAAAACUCAAUGAACAGACCAUCAGGCUGCACCCAGGCUAAUGGGAGGCAGAUGUGACGAUAAUACAGCUUUUAAAGUCAGAUUUUAAUGAAUUCCUCCCUCGUUCCAGAAGGGCCCAGGAAGAAUGGCCCAUAGGUCUGGACCCGCUUUGAGCAUCACUGAUGUGGUAGGCUGUGGGUCACCCUUGAGCUUGAGAGUUGGGCUUGGCCAAGUGCCCUUGGAUGAGAUGAGCGCUGGUCCCCAAGGUGGAGAGAAACACGUCUCGUCUCCCUGAUGGUCCAGUCCACACCCUGCAUUGAGAUCAUGUUUUGUGUUGAUAUGUUUUGGUUGCUUUGAAUGAUUGCCUGCACUUUUCUCCCCAAGGGCUCACCUCUCCCUCUCCUCAAGUGUCAAUCAGGGAUAGGGUCACUGAUGGGCAGUGUCCCCCGCCCCCCAGCUCUGUCACCACAUAUGUUCCCUGAUGGCCCUUUUGCCUCCUUUUCCCCUCACUUUUUCUUUUUCUUUUUUUUUGUUUUCUGCCUAUCUUCUGCUCCAGAUUUAGCUAAAAUGCCUUGAUCAUCCCUGGCACCACUACUUAGAGGUCUAAAAAGAAAACCAUGGAGUCAUGAGAGAUCAACAGUGUCCCUGAUGACUUACCACAUCAUGCCCUCCAGACACUCAAGAGUGAAUGGACGGCAGAUUUCACCCGCUGCUUCUGUGCAGAGUUCCGCCCCAUCCACCACCACCUUUUUGUAUAGGGAGGGAGAUUUAGCUUGCUCUCACGACAGAUGGGGCUUCCCUGGUGGCUCAGCUGGUAAAGAAUCCGCCUGCAAUGCGGGAGACCUGGGUUCGAUCCCUGGGUUGGGAUGAUUCCCCUGGAGAAGGGAAAGGCUACCCACUCCAGUAUUCUGGCCUGGAGAAUUCCAUGGACCGCAUAGUCCAUGGGGUCGCAAAGAGUCGGACACAACUGAGUGACUUGCAGUUUCACCUGACAGAUGAGAGCGCCGCCCUGCUGUUCAGAGGAUCCGCUGUCUGCUUUGCACUCCUGAUGUUUAUUACCUGUAAAUAGUGAAUUUCAACUUGACAGGUACCUUCUCAGGGAUUUAUAUAUAAAUAGAGUUAGGGCGAAAGGUGAGCUAUAUUUUAACACUUUUUAGCAUCUGAGUGAGUUGUUAUCACACUAGACAGAAGAAAUAUUUCUAAGAUAAUAUCAGUGCUGCUUUUUUUCCCAGGGCAAUGCCUGGGAAAUCACCCCUCCUGUUGAGACUUCUUGAUUCUUAGAAACUCGGGACUCUGGCGGCUGAAAUAGCUUUGGAGUGGACGUGAAAUCACUUCACAGGGCCUCUCAGUUGCCUCUCGUGGAAGUGAACCCUUGUAUUAAGGAAAAAGAAAAAAAUUCAACCUCUAUGUACGAAGAGGUGGCUGUGACAACACAGAUGGGCCACCCAUCGAUUUUACCUCUAGAACUGGUUCCUCCCCAUCUGAUACCUGCGUGUGUGGUGUGAGAAGGACGGUGUUUUCUCUCUGCUCCCGUGAACCACAUGUUCUACAGUCAGCCCCGUGCCGGGCUCACUGCCGGGAGAGGGGAGGGAAAAGCUGGAAUGACCACAGUGUUCAGAGGCCUUCCGUGUCUUCAGCUACACCCAAGGAAUGCAACACACAGCAUUAUGAACCUUCGUGACUUUUUCCUGCAGCGCCUCCCCACGGGCUCCUGGCAGCACCAGAAGCCUCAGAAACACGCUUGAAAACUGCACUAGGUCGUCAUCUCAACUUCCGGCCCUCCUGCGACUUGCUCCUUCUGCGGUGGAGGGUGGAGUUUGUGACAUCAGUUGGAAAGUGGGAUCUGUGGGUGCAGGGAGGGGAUGGGCCAGUCCGAGCUGCCUCUGCCCACUUCCUUCCGGGCCGUCAGUGGCCAGCCAGGUCUCUGGAAAGUCCACUGAGUGGAGAUGAGGCUCUGAAACUGAAUCCCACGAGAUCACAGUCCUGAAUUGGAUGCAGAGCCCGCGGUCUCCGGGAGGAGUCACGGGCACCCAGUUACUAUGAAGAGAAGCACCCCUGAGGGAUGGAUGAAGGAGCCAAGACUAAGAAGAAGGGCUGAUCUGUGUCCCACAGCCUCUGGCAGGGGCACUGUUUUCCUGCCUGAUCCACACUACAUUAAGACAGAAGACCAUCUUUGCAUCGUUCACCCGAGCUUGCUCUGCGAAAUGAGCCCUACUCCCAGGUUCACCUGGGACCCCUUGCUGUUUCAUCUUCCCUCCUGAUAUCUGAUACGAUGCAGGUCUUCCCUGCAGUGUUGAGAUUAAUCAGGAGCUAUUGUAAGCUGCUGGUUGCAAUCUGUCUUUUAUCAAAUGAAGUGCUGGCCCUUUUUCUUUCAAGUAUUUGGGGACAUUCUAACAGGCCGCCCAUGCUCACGAGCCCCGUGGGAAACUGUUUAGAUUCUGCCCUUGGCUGUGGGUGCCCGGCUCGUGGUGAUCCGUCUGUUCUGUGUCUGUUCCUCGCUGUUCCGGACAGCAGGCUCACACCGAGCCCCUUUUCAGCCUGGCCUGGGGGACCACAUAUUCUUGGGAAGGAAAGCAGAGACGAUCCAUCAGGAGCGAUUGAACAACAAAGUCCCAUUCACCUCCACAACUGGCAUUGAUACAUAAAUUGAUACAUAAUCGGGAUCACGGUGGGGUGGGGGCUGGGGGCUGUUGCCAUAAAGAACUUGUAACAAAACAGCUCUUCCUGAAACCUUGAUUGCCCUGCCUGCUCCAGCAUGGAGAAUUUGUUGCAAACGUCUGGGCAACUCCUAUGUCAGCGGCUCAGGGAUGUGCCUUUGAAUUCAUGUUUUUUCAUUAACAUUUAAAAUCAGCAGCUAAAAAAAAUUCCACUGGAAGUUUUUUUUUUGUUUUUUUGUUUUUUUUUUU